AUGAACAAAUUGAUAGAAUUAGUUGCAAAAUUAGGUAGUUGCAAGAGGCAAUCGGUUGCCCCAAAUGAACAAAUUGAUAGAAUUAGUAGUUUACCAGACUUGAUCCUCGUCCACAUCCUCUCACUUUUGCCAAUAGAAAAUGCCAUGAAGACGGUCCUUAUUCGCAAAUUUGGAAAGCUCUGGACUUCCAUUUACAAUCUUGAUUUUAAUGUGGGCUUGUACCACGACUAUGAUGAUUUUGAGAAUGUGGAUUGGCUAAUGUAUGAAGAGAGAUUGAGCGCAACUAUCAAGAUGAUCCUAAAACGCUUAGCAAAAGAAUUGAAGCUAGCUAAUGAGAUUGUUACAUGGAUUCGUUUUGCUCUCAGAAAGAAAGUUAGGGUUCUUGACCUAGAUUUCGAGACAUGUAAUGGUUAA